AUGGCAGAACAAGUUAAGAGGAAAUUAGUGAUAAUCGGAGAUGGUGCAUGUGGGAAAACAUCAUUGCUGUAUAAAUUUACAUUAGGAAAAUUUCCGGAACAGUACCAUCCAACAGUAUUUGAGAAUUAUGUAACAGAUUGUUUUGUUGAUGGUAUCAAAGUGUCGUUGACAUUAUGGGAUACUGCAGGUCAGGAAGAAUACGAGAGGUUGAGACCAUUUUCUUAUUCGAAGGCGGACAUUAUUUUAAUUGGUUUUGCAGUCGAUGACGUAGAGUCAUUACAUAAUGCUAGAACUAAAUGGACUGAAGAAGUUCUUCGAUACUGUCCUGACACAAAGAUUAUACUAGUAGGAUUGAAAUCAGAUCUUAGAAAGACGGCCCAAGACUACGAAGAAGGUUUUGUGAAACGAGAAGAUGCAGAGCAAGUUGCAAGACAAAUCGGUGCCAAAAAAUACUUAGAAUGUAGUGCUUUAACAGGCCAAGGUGUCGACACGGUUUUCGAAUUGGCCACUAGAACCAGUUUACUCGUGCAUAAAGAACCAGGUAUUCAGUGUUGCACCAUUAUUUAA